CUUGUCCUGCAGGAGAAGGCCCAGGGAAUCGUGCUGAAAGUCCUCACGUCUUUCAGGAGCAGCGAAAUAGAACAGGCCGUGAGCAUCCUUGACAGGAACGACAGCGACUUGUUAAUGAAGUACAUUUAUAAAGGCUUUGAGCAGCCAACAGAAAACAGCAGUGCAAUUCUGCUGCAGUGGCACGAGAAGGCAUUAGCAGUAGGCGGCCCAGGUUCCAUAGUAAGAGUUCUUACGUCAAGAAAGACUGUUUAAAAUGCUAUUAACUUGAACCAAGAUGACGAUCAGUUUUGGACCUAGAAGGAGGAAUUAGCUGGAGUGACACUGGUCCAUCAGUAGCGAGAUUGCUGUCUGCUGAAAUAGUGUGGAGACCUCUUCUUGGACUGCUUUUAGCUGCAAAGGUGGGGAAGAGGACACGUCAUUCCUGUAUGCACUCCGAUAAUCAUUACAGCAACCAAGACAUUUAUCCUGAUCCCCUCUUCUUUAAAAGGCAGAGAAAAGGUGAAUUCCUGCCAGCUAUUACUGUAGGUGAAGAGGUUCUUUCAGAUGCUGCUUUAUCAAAGUGCGGUGAUACAAGAUCUUGUGUGUACUGCUUAUUUAAGAGGUAGC